AUGGCCGAGUCGUCUGAACCACAUGCUGGGGGACCGGUCCAAGAAGGCCAGGCCCCAGCUUCCCUUGGGGCUGAUGCGAGGGUUCCAGCGCCGGUGACCAAAGAGUCACCGACAGGUGUCGCACAGUCGUCACAACGAUCAAACGACGCAUCGAUGCUAGACUCUACCCAACCGUCGACGCCGCAAAUCGAAGACCAAAGGCCAGCGCCGCCCGAACCCUCAGAACCUUCAGAACCGGUCAAGCCUGAACAACCAUCAGGAACACCGGCCCCUCCUCCUCAUCCGCCUUCUCCUCAACCAGCGCAACCCCCCACACCUGCGCCAUUGUCUUUGCCCAACAAUGCAGACAUUACGGCACCAAUUGAACCGUCUGGUUCUACGGAGCCUCCUACAUCCGCUGCCCUUGUGGCACCUGCUGAACAUGCUGAACAUGUUGCGCCUCUUCAAUCUGCUCCGCCUGCUCCAUCCGCCCCGUCCGCUCCGUCCGCUUCGCCUGUUCUAUCAGCCCCAUCCACCCUGCCUGCUCCAUCGGCUGAAUCUGCUGAGCCUGCUACGUCCGUUGCGCACGAUACCAACCCUGGGCCUUCCAAUCAUGCGAGCGCAGAAGAAAAAUCGGUGCCAGGCGGAGAAAAUGGUGCCCCUGGCAGUAACAUAGAGCAGCCAGGAGUCCCCGCGCAAAAUAUCCCAUCCACCUUCCCAUCGCUCCCUGCGAUGGAUACGUCUCUGCCUCCAAUCGACACCUCCCAUUCCCUAGAUGAGAACGAGCUACCGUCAUUCGAUGCCGCUCUUCGAGCCGUCAGCUCGGCAUCAGCAGACGAUUUGGCGCUGCCAGCGAUUGAUACAACUUUGCCCGCCAUAGGCACGGAUAUACCAACCAUGGACCACCCCUUUGGUGAUGACAGUCACUUUGGGCAUCACGACUCCCAGGAUGGAGGUGAUCACCCCAUGGGUACUGGCCAUGACUCGCUUCACGGGCCCAUCAAUGGCACUACGCACUAUCAGAAUCCCCCCCACGACAAUUAUCAAACACCGGCGAAUGGCAACUACCAGUACAGCUCAGGCACACCACACGAUGGACAGCAACCCUCGCAGGCUUCGCCCCAACAUCAGUAUCAAUCCCAGCCACAACAGAGUUACCAAUCGCAAUCGACGGACAUGUAUCACACCUCAGGUGGAGGAUUCGCCAGCGUCAAUGCCAAUCCCAACAGCCACGUCCAAGGACAAACUGGUCAAAUGCCACAGGCACCCAUUGGCUCUCCUAUGCCUUCCAACAUGCCCAACAUGGCGUCAAUGGGGCAAUACAUGACAGGCUAUCCCUCCAGCGUAUCCCCGUCAGGCAUGAGCCCAAAUUCGCAGAUGGCCUAUUCCAUGCCUGGGGAUCCGAACAAGAUGUUGUCCAGUGGGCGACACAAAAAGGAGGUGAAGCGACGCACGAAGACAGGGUGCUUGACCUGUCGCAAACGCAGAAUUAAGUGUGACGAAGGUCAUCCCGUGUGCAGAAACUGCGUCAAGAGCAAGCGCGAGUGUUUAGGCUACGACCCGGUGUUUCGUCCUCAGGCAUCCGCUCCGUCGGCCAUCCAGCCCGCUCCAAAUCCCCAGGCGCCGUCGCUCGUCGUCAAUCCUCAGGGUCCUCCAGUGCAGGCUGCGCCCUCAUAUCCCUCUGCGCCGCCCGGGUACAUGCCCGCUUCAUCCCAGCCCUUCGCACCCUCACUUCAUUCCGAGUCUCCGAGCGCUUCCACAGAUCAUCACGACAACGCAACGGGCAUAGACCAUUCUCUUGCGACAAGUACUGUAUCACAUCAUUCCACAAUGCAGUCCACAAAUGAGUUCAGGCCGCAGAGCUCCGAGCAUCUCUACAAAGCCAAGAAUCUGAAUGUCAAUGACUUGAUGGCUUUGCGAGGAAUAUCUCCUCCCCCACCACAUACGAUUGGCACACUUCCACCUGGGCGCCUCGAAGAAAUUCAAGCGGUGUUUCUUGCGACAUAUGCCCCUGCCAUUGACAAGUUGCUGGAAGUUCGCUGGUACGCAGACAAAGCGCUUUCUACGCUUAUGGCAGAUGCACAAUUGAUGGCCGACUACUCUGCUUUGAUUAACGCCUUCAAUGACUGGAAUCUCAAUGAUGGCAAUACGGUUGCCCGGCUGGAGAGUUUCGAAGCUUCGAUUAUCUGGCGGAGCAUGACUUUGUGUCGUCAGACGCAGUCCACGGAUAACAGGCAGGCAGGUCAGGACUGGAACUUGAUUGCAGCAAGGGCGCGCCUGAACGCCAUCGAAGCCCUUCUUACUUGGACACAUCUGGACCAGAACCCUUUGUCCCACACUCACCGAACUGAAGCUGCCACUCCUCCACACCAGCCUGAUCAGUUCAUGCAGCGCCAAUUGGACUUCUGGAGCGAAUUAGGCGAGUUUCUCACCCUCCACGACAACGAAGCAAGCUCGGCUAAGCAGAUCGACGAUACUCUUGGUCGCUGUCGUCAACUGCUCGACACCUAUGAAAAUCGUGAUAUCAUCUACUCCAUCGCUAUUGCCAGGCACCUCGGCCAACGAUGGGCAGACUUCCCCAAUAGUCUUCCCAAAGCCGGGUACACAACCGAAAAGGAGGCUGGUACCAAGCUUUUUGUCGCGCACAAGUUCAUCGAGGAAGAGGCCGAAGGCAAAGGCACGACUCAGAUCUACAAACGAAUUUGUUGCAUGGCUGUCCGUUCAUGGUGGGUUGCUCGCGAGUGA